AUGUCGGAGCCCGAAUUUACAGAUGUGGCGUCGGAGGUUUUGGAAUUCGACAUAGACCUCAUACUUGAUUACGCAUCCUCCCAGGCAGACACCCAUCUGAACCAAAGAAAGCCGAGACCUAACACAGAGGAUAACACGAAAUGGAUACCGUUUAUUGAACGUCAAGUCAGAACUAGACAUAGAUCUCCUAUUGCGCUUUCUCAUGAAUCUCUUGCGGUGUAUUCGGGAAAGGGCCUAUCAAACCCCAAGCCUGGGGUCUUCGCCUUCAGCACUGAGGCGUUUGGCAUGAGAGCUGGAACAAUUGACCCUUCACUUUUGAUACUCGAUGGAAAACAAAGAAGUGCUUUGCGAAAAGGAACAUUCAUGUCACUAAAUUUUGUGAACGAGAUCGAACGAGCAUUGGUGUUUAAUGAGCUUCGUUUCAUUACCAACAGAGUUAAAAAAUGCCGUAAUCAUGUUCGUGUGUCUCGACUAGAGCUAACUAUAACUCUAGAUACAAAAACAAGUAGCAUUGGCGUGGUUCUUUCCUAUACUGUGGAGCUUGAGCAGCUGUUUUUCAGGUACUUUUCAUCAGAUGUAUCCUCACAUUUAGUGAAGGUGCUCCGUCCUAAUAUUAUACCCUAUCCAACUGACACUGACACCUUCUAUCUGAGUUUUGAAAAUUUACCGACGGAUGCUCACCUUUUCUACAAAGUCAUAACUGACAACACAAACCUACUUCCGUUUCAAAGGAAAACUGUGAAGUGGCUUCUUGAUAAGGAAAGUGUGCAAUUCGACGAAUCAAGCAAGACUGCAAAAGUAUUACCCUUGCUUUCUCCAGACCUUGUACUGGCUGUUCAAAAUUAUCCAAAUGUGGAUCACGAAAAAUUGGAUAGGGAAAUCUAUCCCGUUUUGAACAAGCUCUGCUAUGGUUGGAACCGUGUUCUAUUUCGAAAUGACAUCUGUUGGGUGAAUGAACUCACGGGAAAUAUUAUCAAUAGGGAGGCUAUCAUCAAGUUUUUGAAGGACAGUACCGAUGAGCUCAACAAGGAGCCAUUACCAGCUGCUGGCCUCUUAUCUGAGGAAAUGGGGUUGGGAAAAACUAUCGAAGUAAUUGACCUUGUGCUUCUAAAUCCUCGUCCAAAGGAAGAGGUCGGUCAAGAAAUAAAACUCCAGUUACAGAAAGAGGGAGACAUUAGGACUGUGAUAAAAGCUAAAACAACACUUAUCACAGCGCCUCAGACAAUCAUACACCAGUGGUAUAACGAAAUUUCCAAAUUCAGUCCUGGUCUACUGGUCACAAUUUAUAAAGGUCUUGGCAAAUACCCGGAACUCGCAAAUAUUCCACGAUUUGUUGGAGAAUACUUGAGAUGCUUCGACAUAGUCUUGUUGAACUAUGCUAACAUGUCGAGCGAAGCUGACUAUGCUAAUUACACGUCAAAACACCUGACCACUCGCGGGGGUAAGAAGCGAUCCUCUUCGGAAGCCAGGGAUGAAGAUAACUCCCAGGCUCGUGAUCCGCUCUGUGCUGACAGUUACAAGGCUGGCUUCGAAUUUGCAGAUCGAGAAAAGGUCCAGUCGGAGGCUCUUUUAAGUCAAAAGCGAUAUGAACGAGCUGUGAUGGAGGAAAUGGCCGCAAAAGUCAGAAGACAGGACUUGAGCAAGAUACCACAUAUUGAGUAUUACGAAUCGCCCCUCAUGCUGAGUCAAUGGUGGCGAGUGAUUAUGGAUGAAGUGCAAAUGGUUUCGUCAGUUGCAUCUAACGCGUUUAGUACCGCUUCUUUAAUUCCUCGAUAUCAUUCGUGGGGUGUUUCAGGUACUCCUGCUCGACUGGUUGCUGUACUUCAGUUUCUACGAUUUUCUCCAUUCAACUACGAUAUUUCGAAGUAUUGCUGGAAAAAAGUAACUCAGCAUCCAGAAAGCAAUGUCGAUUUUGUCAAAAUCUGGCUGUCUUUGGCACUUAGGCACACCAAGGCAAUGGUGGAUGAUGACAUCAGGUUGCCCCCACAAAGAAGAAUCCUUCUUACAAUCCCGUUUACGAAGGUCGAGCAAGAUAAGUACACUCAGAUGUUUGAAUCAUGCCUCGCCUCAAUUGGAAUCCAUCUUGAUAAAGAUCAAAAAGCAAGCCGGACAGAUUUGUCAACGUCGGACUGUGUUCAUCUCAGGUCUUGGCUUGUCAACCUCAGACAACUUUGCGGCAAUCUACAGAUUGGCAACUUGCCAACUCAGAAGAAGAAAAAUAACAAAUUUUUGUUGCAGGGCUUGCCCGAAAUGAAGACUUUGGAGAGCGUUCUCGACGACAUGAUGCAUGGCGUUCUCACGGAUAUCAACGAGGGAGAACGAGCGGUAAUCGGCAGGCUUCUUGACAUUGCCCAGCUUCUUGAGUAUGUUCUUCUACCAGAGAAAGUGAUCGAAGUCUUGGACAACGGACUUUUUGAAGUUCUGCGAUUGAUUCACCAAAUUGAUAUGCGCUUGCGUUGGGACAUUUCGGAAUUCAACAAUCUUAAGGGCUUUUUGAAGGACAAGCACAUACUUACCUCCAAAGAACUUGCUAAUAUCACGGACGAUGAGGAUGAGGACAUGGCGAUGGAUGCUGAAGAUACAGGCAAAGUCAAGAAGGAAGAGGUUGCGGCAGUGACUGACGCAGAAAUCCACGAUAGUGUCACGAAGUUCAACAAGUUGAAAGAGCGUAUCAACGCCGACAAGAUCAGACUCAGAUCUUUGAAGAUGCUUCAACACAAAUGCUACUUUUUAUUGGCUUCUGCUCAUUUUCAAGUAUGCGAUGAAGAGUACCAGAAAAAGAUCGCUGAGAAGAGAGUCGAUUUUGAGACUCUAAGCUCAUUAGAAAGCAACGUGAUUGGUGUUAAGCUUCUCAAAUCCGAUGAGAUUAACUAUCUUAGGCUUCAAAAUGGUGGCUUCAACAGCAGCGAUUACGAAAGACCAAAUUAUGCUGACGACUUUAGUGCAACUGAGAAUACCACACUUGAAGAGCAAAAAGUGGAACGCCAUAAACAUUUGGAGCUGAAAUUUUAUGAGCUUGCCGAGCAAAGCAGGAAGGAUAUGUUAAGACACUCCAUCAAAGAAGUUCAUGAUGCGACGACAAAGCGUAUUCUUAAUAGACCCGUGAUGGAUAGAAAAAAGAUGGUCAAUGAUGGAGUCUCAAGUUUUCCAAAGACCUCUAAGCGGCUCCUAAAGGGUGUCCCCAUUAUUGACAUAGAGCAAUGGCAGUCCUUGGUGGGUACGACCAAGUUGAGGCAGAUCAUGUUUCAAUUCAACACUGUCAUCACUGAGCUCAAUAACCAGGCUGAGGUAAUAUCCAGCUUUGUUGAUCAGCUAAUCGAGCUAUUGUGCAACCCACUUCUUUCCGACGAAAAGAGUCCCGAUGGUGAAGAGUACGAAAAAUCUCUAGAAGAUCAAGAUCGUGCAGCCUGCCUCAUGGUCGUUAUAUCUCAACUUCUAAUGGAUAGAUCGAAUGCGAUUUUGGAACGCAAAACAAGAUCGACAGAGGUGAAAAAGAAACAGGAGAAGGAUUUAAAAGAAGAAGCUCGUCGAGUUUCUGAUAGGGGGUUUUUGAAGGUACUUCAAAAGAGCCGUGCAGACAGUAAACCGAAGUCUGAAAUUUCGUUUGAGGAGCUCUUGCAAGACAUUAGACUUCUUGAGCAUGAAAUGCGUCAGGACGUUCAAGGAGAAGCAUUUCAUGAGGCUGCUGAGGCUCUCAGAAGAAUUUUUGAGAAUGAAAAGACAUGUCAGGAGCUUUUACAGAAGGAAAUGAGUAGCUGCUACAACUCUGUAUUCAAUGCAAGAGUGGAAUACUUCAAGCAGUUACAACAAAUUUCUGAUAGUGUGCAAGGAAAGACUUAUUGCACUGAACAAGAUGCUCUUGAGCCGAAGAAGGUUGACUCAGAAGUCGCUUCACAUUUGAUGCUCUUUACCGCAGCUCAGAGAAGGCUAACGCGAGCUAUAUCUCGUUUUAGAUAUCUAUCAACAUUGAUACCCAAAGAUGAGCUUCUCAAACAAGAGGCUGAAGAAUCGACUGACGAUUCAAAUGAUUGUGUCAUUUGUCAAUCACAAAUAGUUGUGGGCUCUCUUACACCUUGCGGGCACAAGUUUUGUAAGGCAUGCCUUGAGGAAUGGUUGAAGGCACGGUCUUCGUGUCCCAUUUGCAAGACAUACACCACAAGGGAUACAGUACAUCAUUUCACCCAUUACAAGUCUGAUCUCAAGGCACAGCCUGUCGAAAAUGGCACUCAUGAAACUUCAUCACACAAAGAAUCCCCUGAGUCUGCCGCCGUUCAUCAAAUUUACAAACAAUUAGACGACGAGACAUUAAGAAGAAUAUCUCAGAUCAAACUCAAGAAUUCAUAUGGUUCCAAGGUCGAUUUGAUAGUGAAACAAGUUCUUUACUUGAGGAGCCAGGACCCUGACGUGCAAAUUGUUGUAUUCAGUCAAUGGCAGGAUUUAUUAGUUAUUUUGGCGUAUGCAUUCGACAUGGCUGAGAUUAGCUAUGUAUCUGCCAAGGGUUCACAAGUUGCCAACUAUAAAAAGAAGAAGGAGGACCCAGUGGAAGAAUUCAAGAGAAAAGAAAACAUCAAAACAUGCUUUCUAUUAAAUGCACAGGCCCAGGCAAGUGGGCUUACCCUCAUCAACGCUACCCACAUAUUUUUGUGUGAGCCAUUGGUGAAUACACCGGUCGAGUUGCAAGCUAUUUCACGUAUUCAUAGGAUUGGCCAAACCAGAAUCACCACGGUGUGGAUGUUCGGUAUCGAGAACUCUGUCGAGGAGAAUAUUGUGGCAUUGGGAACUCGAAAUCGUAUCGAAUACUUGAAAGCAAACGCAAAGGAAGCUAAGAAAAGCAAACGAAAGAAGAGAAAAAUUGACUCAGCCACAGUAUCAAGUGUCUCAGAGUCCGAGGUCGAAUUAGGUGGAGAUGCCCCAUUAGCGGACUCUGAGCUCAAAACGGCCGAAUCAUACGCACUCUCCCUUGGGUUGACGUCGGAGAAAAGUACAGGCAAAGUUUUUUCGGGAAUCAGUGAAUCAGUGAGUGAUUCUGAUCUCCGUCAGGUGUAUUUUGGCAAUGUUAAAGAGACAUAG